UCUCACGUGAUCUUGAGAACAGUAAAGGCAGUGCCAGAGUAUGGAAAACGCAAGCAAAGAAGAUCUACUGUGGGAGGGGAGGGUGGAGGAGGAGCCCCCUCCCCGCAAGCUGCGAACGACGACGAAAAUGCCAAUAAGGUCCAUGAUCUUGUAAAAGAAAAAAGUUCUUCGUCUUUGAACCGGAAAGAAAAUUCUUUCUUCCGCGAAAGGGCGUCUACAUUUGGAAGUCAGGGCCCAGGAACACCUCCUGCAGUACGGGGAAGGAUGAAACUGAAGAAAACGGGAGACUGGAGAAGAGAGAUUCUUGGCGACAUGACCGUAAUGAACGCAGAAGAGUUACGUGAAUUGAACAACAUCAUGAGAGCAGAACUCAGAACACCAACAGGAUUACGAUCAAAGAAACUGGGUCCUCUUAGAUUUGGCAUUGACGAUGACUCAAUGAGGGAAUGUCCAAUCAGCGAAGAUCAUGAACUUGUAGACAUUAACCAAGGAAGACCAAGCAGUGGAAUAUCACUGGAACCCAGGCCAUACUCUGCUCGUUAUUUGGGUAGGUCUGGGAGCCCGCGGUUUAGUCAAAACGCGGUCGGUCCAUUAAACAGAUUGCGACCUGGAAGUGAAAGCAGCGGGGAAAGGUCACCAGGCGUGAAGAUACCUGCGGUAGAGUUUUUCGGCCCUGGCACCCCCACUCCACCCUCCACGUGCGCCGAUCAGAUCACCUCUUCGUCAACAGGCAGCUCGAGGCUAUCCCCAAGCCCCCAGGCGUCACCAAAGCAAGAAAAGAAACCCAAACAGAAAUCGAAAAACGGCGAAAUGCCAGAAUGGAUGAUAAAUUUCGUCGAAACGAAUAACUUGAUUGUCGGUAAGGACGUUAAGCUGGAUGAAUCAAAGACAACUGGGCGACGACGUUCUUCGAUUACGAAUUCCGGUACUGGGACUUCGAAGACAGGAACUCGAACAGGAACCGGAACAGGAACUAAAACAUCCGGUUCGGGAUCCUCGCGGGCCACUGGAGGCACUACCGGGACGAAAUCCCGCGCGUCUCCUGGUGUGGCCAAGAGAGGGGGCACAAGUUCAGCGGGAUCUCGAAGUCCUGGUGGAAGGCCUGUCACGCCAGGUAAAGCAGUGAAUAGAAAAUCUGUUCCGCAGUAGAUCAACGCAGAUUGAAGUACACUGUGACAAUGGAAACAAGCAUUUCGUGACGAACAAAUUGUGGCGUGACAGAAAAGGAAAGCAGAGAAACUGCAAUGAAACGUACAGGCGUUAACGCAAACUAUGAAGAGGUACGCAGAUAAUGAAACUCAAUCAGACAUAAGCCUGUCACGCAUUAUUUGUAGACAAGGAAGAAAAAUGAGAAUGUCACGUCAAGGACCACUAUAUCAUUCAACAAGUACCAACGUCAGCUGUAACGUGCAUUUGUUACCAGCUCUUAUUACAUUGUUAAAAAAUAACAUUCACCGCAGAUGUGCGGAUAUUUCAGAGAGAAACUGAAAGGUUUGUGAGCAAAUGUAUAUAGGUUGAGUGGAUACUGGCAACAGGUUUUCACCACUCCACGCUUUGAAAAACAAAACGUCCACUGAUGCAUAUAGUUAGCUACAUACAGAAGAUUAUUUAUUUUAUUAUUAUUUGUAGACGAAAUGUAAUAACAUUUCUUAUAAAGAGACUUAAACGAGACGUGUUUACGGAAGUGUUUUUAAAGAA